CCUAAACCUAACGUCACUAUGACGUCAACCAAUCAGGUAUCAUGGUGUAAAAACACCCUGAUCUGGUAACUCCCAUUACUUUACUGCAGAGACCUAAUACUUGUCGUUUGCACGUUUUUUCAAGGACACGCCCACAACAAGGGAACUAAUGAUUAAUAUUCACGUAAACUCCACCAAUGGGAAAAGUUUUUCACAGGAAGCGGAAAUUACACAACACCAGAGAUGAAGGACAGACGGAUGUGCCAUGUCGCUGCUUUAUUAAUACAAACCCCGGGUAAUGCUCGAACUCAGCACCUGAUAGUAUAGGUCAAUAAAGGCUUUUUUGUUUGUUUGUAUGAACUGACCAAUAAAACUAGUUAACUUGCCGCUGUGUGCAAGCAUUAACAAAUUGAAGCAGAUAAUUUCUUCAUAUCACAGGUCACUGACUGAAAGGGCACACAUCAUCACCAAAGACUGGAUAAAAACAGAUCAGUAUGGAGCUCAGUCUACUUCCUCUAAUGCUCUUGCUGAUUUUAAAUGUUCAUCCUGCACACACUCAAGGCAAGCCCAAAUUAACUGUAAAGCCCCAGAGUUCAGUGUUCACUGGAGACACGGUUACUCUGAUCUGUGAUGAGGGACGGUCAACUGGACGGACAAUUUACUGGCUCAAAAACUUUAAGAGAAUAAAAGCUGGUUCUGAAACAGAAAAACUAAGAGAAGUGAGAGUCUCUGAUGGAGGAAGAUAUGCGUGUGCUGUAGAUAGAAAGACCACACAAAGCCAAGGAGUCGAGCUAACAGUAAGAGAGAGACCCAAGCCUGUAGUGCGUGUCCAGCCUGAUGGACGUGUGUCCAGAGGACAGACAGUCACUCUCUCGUGUGACAUACAGCAGACAGACGUCAUCAACUGGAGCUACAGCUGGAAUAAAGAUGAUUCAGAGAUUCAUGUCAGUCAGUCUCAGGAAUACCGAAUCAGUUCUGUUAAUGAAUCUCACACAGGUAAUUACAGCUGCACUGGAAGAGAAACAGGAGGAUCACGAUACUCACACACCAGUGAUAAAGUUACACUCACUGUAUCAGGAAAGGAGAGUUAUGACACGGUUUACUCCAAACUGAAGAUUUAAGGUGAAGUAAACUAAAAACAAUUCAAAAUAUCAUAAAAUAAGCCAUGUUUUAUACUUGUGAAUUAAUUUGUAUAAUUCCAGGUUCUGUUACUCAACUUUUAUCAACAAUGGAAUUUAAAAUUGUUAUAAAAGUUGAUGAUUUGGGUAAAUUAUCCUAAUUAUUAAUCAUAUUGUUUAAAUUAUUAAUCAUAUUGUUUAAUAAAUUAUUAAUUAUAACAUGCAUAUAUUCAUGAUCCAUGAUAUUUUAAAAGAAGAUUUGUGUCCCCACAACUAACUGCUGAUACAGUACCACUGGGUGCAUAUGCAUUCAUCUUACAUAAUUGUUACGUAUUACAGAAUAAUGCAUAUUAUAAGAGAAUAGAAAUAGGAUUAUGUUCAUGCAUUAAUCUUUCCUCUCGCUGUCCAAUACAUAUCAUCUUGGUGAUGAUUUGGUUGUUUCAUCCAUAUUUACAAUUUAUAUAUGCUCAAUGCAAAUUUUGUGAUAGUUCUUGAUAAUCUUGCAUCUUCUUUAUUUACUGUGUGUUUGUUCUCUUGCUUUCAUACCUGUUUUACUUUAAUCAUGCAUGUAAAACAUUUUUUUCCAUGCAAGUUGUAAGAACUAAAUAAAGUACUAUAUCACUGGUGAAGUGAA